AUGUCCGAUUAUGCUCGCCCAUCAUUAACGGGAACAGAGUCUAACAUUGUCCGUCCGGAUGUGCAGGAGAAUUUGGAAAUAAAGUCCAAUGUUAUUCAGAUGGAACAGAGCAAAACAGUGGUUGAACUCUCUCCCACGAGGAUCUAUCACUUCAUGGGAGGCUAUGACAGAAAAAUUCUUGGCAAAAUAUUUUCCUCCCGCGAAUCUGCCAAGAUAAGGAAUGAUAUCUCUUCCUUCUACCAAUUGGAGUCAGAGACUUUAUACAAUACGUGGGAGAGGUUUAAGGAAUUGCUGCGGAAGUGUCCACAUCAUGGGAUUCCGGACUGCUUCAAGUGCAAACCUUCUACAAUGAUGGCAAGGCCAUCUAGGAGACCUGUUUCAAAUCCUCCUCCACCUGAUGUGAACCAGAUGGCUCACGCUAUAGGGGCCAUGUUUCGACCUUCCCAGUCUAAAGGAGCGACAUUAUCAGCUCCUAGACCAGUGGGUACUGCCACCUCUGCUCUUCAACCGAAGGGAGCAAGUACACCAUCUUUUAGAGUUUCAGCCCCUACUAUAGUGAGAUGCUUCAGGUGUGGAGGACCACACUAUCUGAAUCAAUGUCAACAGGCUGACACUAGAGUCUAUUUUUUGUGCCGACAGUCGGGGCAUCUUGCUAAGGAUUGCCCUACUUCUCAAAUUGGAGCAGCAUCGUCCACUGCUAGUGCUUUACAUGUCGUGAGACCAAGAGCAGUUAGGGCUACACAAGUGACUAGGCCUAGAGCUGAGGCCCGUGUAUUUACUACUUCUGGGAUAGAAGCUGCUCAAGCUAUAGAUCUUGUACAAGGGACAGGAGUGGUGGCAGGUACACCCCUUUCCGUGCUUUUUGAUUUUAGAGCCAUGCACUCCUUCAUUGCGGAUGUCUGUCUGAAAAACUUAGGAUUUCCUGUAAGUGAUUUGAGAUGUAAUUUGGUAGUGGCGACGUCCACUUUGAAUUCGAUAACAACUUCAACAGUUUGUAUUGGAUAUCCUAUAGUAGUUGAGGGACAGGAGUAUAGGGUUAAUCUUAUUAAUAUCCCUAUGUUGAGUUUGGAUGUAAUUCUAGGCAUGAAUUGGCUGACUGCCAAUCAUGUUGUGAUUGAUUGUGCCCAGGGACGUUUAAUUUUCCCUGAGCAGUAA